AUGUGCAUCCCUGGGUGGGCAGCACGUCCAGUGUCCAGGGCAGAUCAAGCAUUCUUCGAGCUGAAAUCCAUUGACUGCACUGUGCUUCUCCACAAGACUGGGGAAUCAGACUUGGAUUUCAGUGCCACUUACUUGAAUGUUCCGCAAGAUUCGCAUCCUUUGGUGGCAAAGGUCCUGUCCAAUGGCACACCUCACCUUGUUGUCAAAUUGACUGUGCAAUGCAUGUGUCCCCUGGACAACAUCGAUGCGAAACUGGAUGAGGAUUUGAAGUCACAGAGAAAGAUUGCUGAGAAACAGGAGGAGGGGACAGGGGAAGAUGAAGAAGUUGUAGGGAAACAAGAGAAGCAACUGUUCGAAACAUUGGGCAUGGACAUUCCCGGGUCCAAGGCAGAAUCUAUCGAGGUUCUUCAGACACUGCUUAAGCAAGAGGAAAAGAUUGAGGAGUUGGUUACAAAGGCCAAAGAGUCAGUCCAGAAGCCACAGUUUGUGUCGCUGACCCGGCUGCAAGGUGAUGAUGACAAAAUGAAAUCGAAUCGCACGAAGCUGAUGCAGCAAGCACUCCAAGAAGCGCAAAAAAACAUCAACAAGCCUGCUGCUGAAGAGCACACAAUUCAGUUUGGAUUCCAAGCCGCUUGUUCUGAAGCUGAACGCCAGGGAACAGUCCCAAAGGCCAAGGAGAAAGCAAAGAAGACCAAGAACGCGUUGGUGAAAGAUGUGCUUCAGAUGGCCAAGCACAUGUUGAGGUAG